UAUCAUCAGUGGCAGCCGGCGGACUCACGGAAGACGUGAAGUCCGUCACCGAACACGGAGCUUUCAGGUGUUCAGGUUACCACGGCUGCUGUAAAGAGGGGGUCACACUGGGCAGGGCCUCAGGAUGACCGGGGGUCCGAGGAAGCGGAGCUGCAGCAGCAGCGGCGGGGUCGGGGGCGGUGAGCCGGAGCCCGCAGACACUGAGCCGUGUGUGGGGAAAGAUGCAGGAGGAAGCUCCGGGGUGGCUCUGAAAAAACAGAUCGGUCUAGUCAGCGCCUGUGGCAUUAUAGUAGGCAACAUCAUUGGAAGCGGCAUUUUUGUGAGUCCUAAGGGGGUCCUAGAGAACGCCAGCUCAGUAGGUGUGGCCAUCAUUGUGUGGGUCACUACUGGAGUUAUCACAGCCAUCGGUGCGCUCUGCUAUGCAGAGUUGGGUGUGACCAUCCCCAAGUCAGGGGGAGACUACUCGUAUGUCAAGGACAUCUUUGGAGGACUGGCUGGGUUCCUGCGUUUGUGGAUCGCAGUGCUGGUUAUCUACCCCACUAACCAGGCCGUGAUUGCCCUCACCUUCUCCAACUACGUCCUGCAUCCCCUCUUCCCCACCUGCCUUCCCCCAAUCAUUGGCCUACGCCUGCUCGCUGCUGUCUGCCUGUUGUUGUUGACAUGGGUGAACUGCUACAGUGUCCGCUGGGCCACUUGUGUCCAAGAUGUCUUCACUGCUGGAAAGCUUUUGGCCCUGGCCCUCAUCAUAAUCAUGGGUUUUGUCCAAAUUUGCAAAGGUCACUAUUACUGGUUGGAGCCAGCACAUGCCUUUGAGACCUUCUGUGACUAUAACGUGGGUCUGAUAGCUCUGUCCUUCCUGCAAGGCUCCUUCGCAUAUGGAGGCUGGAAUUUCCUCAACUACGUCACAGAGGAGUUAGUCGACCCAAACAAGAAUCUCCCACGUGCAAUCUUCAUCUCCAUCCCUGUGGUCACCUUUGUGUACGUGUUUGCCAACGUGGCCUACGUCACAGCCAUGAGCCCCCAGGAGCUGCUGGCCUCCAACGCUGUGGCAGUGACAUUUGGAGAGAAACUACUAGGAGUAAUGUCAUGGAUCAUGCCUAUCUCUGUGGCGCUGUCCACCUUCGGGGGGGUCAAUGGCUCCCUGUUCACGUCGUCGCGGCUGUUUUUCGCCGGUGCGCGGGAAGGCCAUCUACCACGUCUGCUGGCCAUGAUUCAUGUGAAGCGCUGCACUCCCAUCCCAGCCUUACUGUUUACUUUGAUCUCCACUCUGCUGAUGUUGUGCACCAGUGACAUUUACACCCUCAUAAACUAUGUGGGUUUCAUCAACUACCUCUUCUACGGCGUCACUGUCGCCGGGCAGAUUGUGCUGCGCAUCAAGGAGCCCAACAUGCAUCGACCCAUCAAGGUGAGCCUGGUGUGGCCAGUCAUCUACCUGCUGUUCUGGGCCUUCUUACUCAUCUUCUCCCUCUACUCUGAGCCUGUAGUCUGUGGUACUGGUCUGGCCAUCAUGAUGACCGGCGUCCCUGUAUAUUUUCUUGGAGUCUACUGGGAAAAUAAGCCAAAGUGUUUUGAUGUAGCUACAGGUAAAGUGACGUAUCUGUGCCAAAAGCUCUGCUUGGUGGUUUACCCAGUAACGGAGGAGCCAAAAGAGCCUCUAAAGAAAGAUGCAGAUGAGAAAGCUGGAGACACCGUGCAAACACAUGAUUAAAUAUGUACAGAAACACAGGGUUUGAGGAGGAAAAAUUCACUUCAUGAAAAUGUUAAAACUACAAAAUCCUCUACAGCACUGAACUUCCAUGCUCUGCUUUUUUUUUACAGGCCUUAAUGCUGAGCUGUUGUUUCAUUGAAUUGUCAGGGGAUGACUGUUUAAAUAUGAAAUAGUCUGUAAAGAAAUGUAUUUUUGGUUGUUUUCACCUUAGUACUUAAAACAUCUCCCUUUUUGUAUGUCUUGUACAGUGAAUGUUUGUGAGUCUGGGAGGUGGCUUUUCAGCUAUGUGUGUUGUUUGUACUCUGAUACUUUGACCUCACUGUAGUAGUGCUAAAAUGUUAUUGGAUUUUAUUCCUACUGCUAGUAUUUGUUUUCUGCCACAUUACAUUAUUAAUUCACUAUAAAUGUCCCUUUUUGUUAAUAGGCACAGAGAGCAUAAGUUUGUAUUUGUUUAAGACAGAAUUUUUUAAAAAAAUAUGAUGUAUGAAGACAGAUCACAAUGAAAAGCUGCUGUAUUCGUUUUCUUGUAUCAUUUCAGUUCCUUGACAUAAACAUAUGACUUUUGAAUUCAUUAUAAAAUCUUUCUAGAA